AUGGGUACAGGUGCAGGAGUAAGCUGGGCCACAGCCGCCGACAUCCUUUGGUGCCAGGACAGACACCAAACAGCAGGGUGUCUGCUUUUCCCACCCAAGCAACAGUUGCAGGGACAAGCGGAGCCUCAGCCAGCCUGGGGACUGGAGCAGGGACCAGCUGAGCCCUACCCACCCUCACCAGAGGCACUGGUACAGGUGCAGGGGAAGGCCAAAGCCCCGCUGCCCUGGAAGCAGGAAAAGCCCUGCCAGAGCUACCCUCACCUGGGGAACUGUUGUGGAAGCUUGGGUGCUGGUGGGGCGGAGGAGCACGGCAUCUUCGGGGACCCCCCAGAGCUAGACGAGUCCUGCGACAAAUGCACUCGCAAGUCUAUAGUGAAGACUGCAAUGAUUAAUGAAAAUCAUGAGGAGAAGGGCGGAGCGGCUGAAUCAGGUCCUGAUUUGAGGAUUGUGAUGAUUGGAAAAACUGGUGUGGGGAAGAGUGCUGUUGGAAACACCAUCCUGGGAAAAAAACAUUUCAAAUCUCUUCCCAGUUCAGAGUCAGUGACUGAAACUUGUCAAACAGGUGAAACACAGUUGGAGGAGAGAAAAAUUUAUGUCAUAGACACACCUGGGAUCCUGGAUACUGGGAAACCUGCAGAAAUGAUCGAAAAGGAAAUUGUGAGAUGUGUUGAAGUCUCCAGUCCAGGGUCUCAUGUUUUUCUACUGGUGCUCCAAGUCGGUCGAUUCACGAAAGAGGAGAAAAACUCUGUGAAAGCCCUGCAGGCGUUGUUUGCUCCAAAGGCUCAACAUUACAUGAUUGUGCUGUUCACCCACGGAGAUGAUCUUGAAGACCAGGACAUCACCAUACAGAAGUAUGUACGUGAAAGCAAACCACAGCUCAGACAAGUCAUCCACAACUGUGGAAACAGGUUCCACGUCUUCAACAACAGAAGCAAAGACAGAAAGCAGGUGGAGGAGCUGAUGAAGAAGAUUGAUGACAUGGUGGCAGGAAACGGCGACACAUACUACACAAAUGCCACGUUUAGAGAGGUGGAAGAAAGGAAACAGAAACAACCUGACAGGGAGAGUGAAGAAUACAAGUUCCUGUGUCAACUGGUAGCGCAGAUUCUACGUUUUCAUUCCCGUCUUAAAAGAGAAUAA